GGCGGCUGGCCCAGGCUGCGCGCUGAGCGCCCCGCUCCCGCCGCCCCCGCGCCCCGGAGCCGGCCGCUGCCCAGCCGGAGGCAUGUCCAGGAAAAAGACCCUCAAGAGCAAGGGGAGCAGCAGCUCCCCGCCCUCCUCCGCGCUGCCCCCCGCCAAGGAGAGCGGCCAAGCCGGCGGCGCGGCGGCCAGAGCCAAGGGGGGCAGCAGCCGCCCCAGCCCGGAGCUGCCCCUCAACGGGGCGGUGCUGCCCAGCCGGCCCUCCCUGAGCAGCAGCGGGGAGUUCUACGACGUGGCCUUCAAGGUGAUGUUGGUUGGUGACUCUGGGGUUGGCAAAACCUGCCUUCUGGUGCGGUUUAAAGAUGGCGCUUUCCUGGCCGGCAGCUUCAUUUCGACAGUUGGAAUUGACUUCCGGAAUAAAGUCUUAAAUGUGGAUGCAGUGAAGGUAAAGCUGCAGAUCUGGGACACCGCAGGGCAGGAGAGGUUCCGCAGUGUCACUCACGCCUAUUACCGAGAUGCCCAUGCUUUGUUACUGCUGUACGAUGUUACAAAUAGAGCAUCGUUUGACAACAUCCAAGCGUGGCUGACCGAGAUCCAUGAAUACGCACAGCAAGAUGUGGUCCUCAUGCUCCUGGGAAAUAAGGUGGAUUCGACCCAGGACAGAGUGGUAAAAAGGGAAGACGGAGAGAAAUUAGCCAAGGAGUACGGAGUGCCCUUCAUGGAGACCAGCGCGAAAAGCGGCUUGAAUGUCGACUUGGCCUUUACGGCCAUCGCAAAGGAGCUGAAACACAGGUCCAUGAAGCUGCCCAAUGAGCCCAAAUUCAAGCUUCAUGACUACGUGAAGAAGGAAGUCAGAGGCUCAGGAUGCUGCAGAUCCUAAAGCGCAGGCUCCAGCAGCCAGGGCAGCUGUAUAGAGACUCAUGCCAAGUGUUCGUGCCACACUCCCUCCUCGUGGACAGUAUGUGCAUGUGUGUUCGUUGUCUGUGUAUUCUCGUAACGGUGAGCUGAGACGUGGCGUGAAAGGAGCAGAAGAAAAGGCUCUGUCCUGGCAGCCCCGACGCUGGCUCUGGUGCAGCCGCUUCAUUCCAGGCCCCGCGGCCCAACACCCCAUUGUAGUAGUAUUCCUUAAUUACAUGCUGUGAUCGCUUCGGGGGGGGUGUAAAACUUCAAGUUCCUCCCAGGGGGACAAAACCAUCUGUCCCACGUCAGUCACUGGGGACCUGUCCAUUCCUGCGAGCUAACGGUUGCUAAUCCUGACAUGGGUUUGACGCAGACUUUCUCCAACGCGUCCAAAGAGGAGUUUGGUAUUGGUCCACACGCACACCUAGACAUCAAGAACUCCUGUUAUCAUGGGGACUCUUGAUACUUACUCCCUCUGUGGCCUUGGGCAAGUCAUUUGACCGCCUUAUGCCUCGGUUUCCCCACCUAUAAAAUGGAGAUGAUAAUACUUACCCAGCAGCAGAGAGCAUUGUGAGGAUAAAUGUUCAAAAAGCUCUAUAGAAGUGCUAGGUAUUAUUAUAUGACUGAGGGAAACUUUCCCCCACUCAUAACUGUUUCUGGGCUACCCCGCUCCAUUCCAUUUUUCUUUUCCCACUUGGGAUUCAAUUAUGAAAACAUUUUGGCCCAGGGUACAUUUUGUGUGUAUUAUAGAUCUAUAUACAUGCCCAAGAGAGAUCUCUGUUUUCAAGGCAAACAUUUUUGUAGUCUCUCCCUUGUUACAUACAUCAGUUUUACCAUGUUGUAUAAUAUAUAUUCCUUGCUAGAGCCUUCUCCUGCUCUGCCCUGCAAAAGACAAGAGCUUAGCUAUCUUGUUUUGAGUAAGCUCCUGCAAACGUACCUGUUGAACAGAGAAACCCUGAUUGUUUACAUGUUUGAUAAAGGCUUUUGCUCUCCAUUAUUGCUGUUUCUAGUAUUCUGAGUGAGUAAAAACCCCCAAUGUAUUGCAGCUUAUUCUAACUAUCCUAACGUGGCUGAUAGCGUUUUCAGACUGCCAUGCUGCUUUGAUUUCUUUAAAACUCUUUUGGGAUAGAUCUUGCUUUCAGCUAAAGAAAACCAAGGAGAAUGCUAUAGGUUUUAACUGUACAGGUUUGUUAAAAGCCCUUUGCCAGCACUGUUCAUUGGAAUCCCCCGCCCCUUUGUCUUUUAGCAGUGUUAUUUUUGUAAUGUACUUCUAAAUGCAAUGUUUGGGAGAGUUGAGAGACAUCGUUGCCAAAAGGGGAUUUUUAACUGCAGAUAGUUGCAAAUUUCAUAUUUAUGACUAUCAGGGUUAAUUGCACUGAAUUUCCCAACACCACUUUAAUUGUGAAAUAAAUAGUUCUUUUAAUCAGCAAAUCAAAUCCCCACCAGCUGCAAGCCGGUUGGGGAUUACUUAGCUCAUUAAAAUCAACCCCCUUGUUCUGUUCAGCUGAACCAAGUUAAGUUGGGAUGCUGCAUUCUGUCCACACCUAAAUCUUGCUCCUGCCAAGGGGAGCUUGGAGUUUGAAAGGAAUGCAGGAUCCAGGCACAGCCACUGAAGCAAUGGUCUCAGGCCGCAGAGAAAGUCACUUUUCCACAAUGAACUACUUUUAUGGUGAGUGUUGUACAAAGAAUUGCAGAUACUCUGUUAAGGUCAGUCUGAUGCAUUUUUAUUAGCAGCGUAAGGGCAAGGAAGAGUCCUAAAAAGAAAAGUUGCAAGCCAGGCCUCGUCAAAACAUGGCAAUUAUUUUCCCUUGGAAAUUUUGAAAUUUUUCCUUAAAUUUCUCAUUAAUUUUUUUCAGAUUUUUGCUUAAAACCUGUAAACAGAUUUUUUUUUAUUUUCAUAAACCAAAAACCAUGUUUUCCUUCAAAACAAACAAAAAAAAUCUACCAAAAAAAAGUUUGAUUUGUUUUUUUGUCAAAAAAUGUUUUGAUGAAAAUCUUUGGACUGCAGCAGUUAACAUGAUGUGAACCUUGGCCUGAAGAGGGAGAUGCUGAUAAAUCCCAGCUCUCUGCUAUAAAUAACUGACCCCACCAGGCGUGUUAUUGGACAGGACUCAGUGUGCUGUUCUGCAAGUGUUUGCAGGUAACUAAAUGCGUCAUGCGGACCGCACUUCCGGGCCGUUGUCUCCAUGCAGCUGGUGUGCCCUGUAGCAGGGCCCAGUGAAGUGCAACGACUGUACUGGAUUCAGCAAACUUGUCUGAUCCUCUCCUGGUCAGAGCUGUGUCUGAGAGAUCAUAGAAGCCAAAUGCAGGGAACAGAGUGUGUUUUUGAAAAGAUGCAAGUGGACAGCAUGUAUUAAUUGGCAUUUGUUCAGCAGUGCAAAGAUGGUUUAAGAUCUCUUGCCUAUUCUCCAGAGAAACUAUUUUGCAUGAGUAAAUACAGCAUAUCUCUUGUGAGGAAACAAUGUGCUACCUUUUAAAUAUAAGCUACUUGCUCUGUGUAAAGGUAGCCAUGUGUUGCAAUAACCAUGCGAGUCUCACAUUAGACCACAGAACUAUCCGCCUUAAAAUCACCCAAUUCGUGGCUGUUUUCACUUUUUUCAAGCUUGUAAGCAGCAGCAAGGGCAGAGCAGGAGUUGGAGAUUGAGUCUGGACAAGGGCAUUACGGUGUGCAGGUGAGCUUUGCUGUGCUCCUGUUGCUGCUAACAUCAGUAGCUGUCCUGCCUGCCCAGCUGACAAAUAGGUUUCUUCUUAGUUAGCCAGGCUCAUUCCCUCUUAUUAGACUGCGCAUAACUGCUUUGGCUGAAAAUAUUAAUGGAGAAAAGUGGCAUUCCUCUUUAUUGACUCUGCUGCUACUGACUGUGCACCAAUAUUCUGAGUCACUACAGUGUAUUUGCAGAACUCCUAGGCAGAGGCAGGUUUCAGAGUAGCAGCCAUGUUAGUCUGUAUUCACAAAAAGAAAAGGAGGACUUAGGGCACCUGAGAGACUAACACAUUUAUUUGAGCAUAAACUUUUCGUGAGCUACAGCUCACUUCAUCAGACACAUCCAGUGAAGUGAGCUGCAGCUCACGAAAGCUUAUGCUCAAAUAAAUGUUAGUCUCUAAGGUGCCCCAAGUCCUCCUUUUCUUUUUAGGCAGAGGUAGUUGUCUAGGGCUAGGAGAGGACCUAGCAGAAAUAUACAUGGGGACAUUAGAGCAUCACUACUGUUCAUUUGGGCAAUGACAGUCUGGAUCUGGCCUCUGGAGCACGCACUUCUCCUUUUGAUCUGCAAAGCAAAGUCCUUCAAGGAGCUUUCUGCUCCUCUCCUUGGGUCUGGUGCCACUGUGUGGCACCUAAAGGAAGUACUUCCCCCUGCCUGCCACUGAACUGGAAAUGGUCAGAACCCAGCACUAGUGAACUUAGGCCAUUCCUUCAGUACCUAUGUAGUGAAAUCACCCAUACGCUGAAAAUUGUUAGAUUCUGCUUUUAAAAAAAAACUAGUUUUCAGUGGUCUAACAGUACCUGAACUUUCUCAGUGUGGAGAAGCAUAUGGUGAGCCCCCCCUGCAAGACACCAGCCUCAUUCACUGUAUGGAGAUGCCGAACAGUGACAGCUAAUUGCAAAAUCCUUCUGGAAAACUCACCAGUAUACUUAAUCCUUAAUUAAUACUUAAUCCUAAAAUUCUGGUAGAUUGCUGCCUCUCUCCUAGCAGGGCAUAAUCCUUUGAGCUUUGCUGUCUUUAAUAAACCUGAAAAGAACCCCCACCUCCAUUCUUUAAAAUCUGCCAGUAGGAAUAGAAUUAUUUAAAAUCAGAUAUGAGUAAAAAAUGUCAAUGUCACUGCAGUGUGCUUUCCUGCCUUCCUCCCCAAUUAAAUCCCCCUGGUGUGAAGCAAACACUGAUAAUUUCUGCUAUUAAAACAAACAGCCAGUAUCAAAAAACUGAUAUUUUUUCUGGUUAAAAGCCUAGACUUUAAAAAUAAGACUAAAUAUCCCACUGCACUUGAUUAAAGCCCUUUCUGCUGCUUGACUUCUGCAGUCUAUUUCUCAAAACUAACCUACACUCUACUGCAGCACCUCCUGGGACUUGUUAAGUUCUUGGCAUCUAUUUUUACAUGGGCUUUUACUGCCACCAAGCAAGGAAGAAUUAUUCAGUACAUUCAAUCAUAAACAAGCCUAAGAACUCAGUGUUGUGUGCACUAAAAACUUGCUGUCAGUUGUUUUACAGUUUUUAAUGUUCUGUUCCUCUUAAUAAAUUUUUUUAAAUGAG